AUGGAAAACAAAAGCCCCCCAAAAGCAAAGCUUCUUUGCGGCAUCUGCGGCAAAGAAAGCGCAUCAGGGCCAUCUUUAAAACGGCAUGUGAGGUACUGCAUCCGAAAGGGUGCAAUAAGCCGAAGCCGGAAAAAGUCAUGCCAACACUGUGCUCAGGCCAAAGCCAGAUGCGAAGUAUCCGGCCAGGGAUGCCUCAGAUGCUCAGGAAAAGGCCUUGCCUGUUCAUUGACAGUUCCCAUAAGCCCUGAUCCCAAUGGCAGUAUGGAAUUUUGUGACACUUUUGCUUUGGAUCCUGGAGCUCCCACCAGUUUGGACAUGAACAGCGUGCCAAUUCAGGAGAACCCGUCUUUCGAUGCUCCCGACUGUCAUUUCCCGUUCGAUCUUUUCAUGCCAUCGAGCGUUUUUGAACCCGAAAAAGAAGCAGGUGAUCUGAGGUUUAGCCUGAUUGACCCUUCAAAUAGCUAUGGCCAAGCUCAAGCACCGAAGUUAUUUGAACCCAGGCCAUUCCACGCGCCGGGCGCAAUCAUGGCCUCAACAAUGGGAACCGGAAUCUUAAAGUCUUACCCUUUGAUGAUGAGAAAUAUAAACGAUUUACCGCCAUUUAUUCAUCCUUUUUGCUACGGUUCGGAAAGAAAUGGCUGGAAAUUACCUCUAUCGCUAGAACGAGCAUCAUCCAUUGCUUCCUCCGUCGCCGACAAUUCUCCCGGUACCUUAUCAAAUAUUCGCGAGGAGCAGCAGAGGAUCGACGAAACUUUGUUAGAAAUGGGGAUUGAGGACCUGAUCAGCUCAGGACAGGCCCUGAUAAUUUAUAUUCUCAUGCGAAUCGAGAGCGGCCCUUCAGAACUGGAUGAAGACGUGCAUCUGUACGCGACUCUCUCCCGGCUCUGUUUUCGCAUCCCGUCCCUGCCGGGAUUUUAUGAGAAAAUGGCAGAGUUCUCCCCGUGGAAGCAAUGGAUUAUUGUGGAAUCAAAGCGGAGGUUGAACAGCACGUUGCGUCUGAUGUCCCAGCUGUACAACUUGGACGUGGCGCCCAACCCAUGCAACAUAUUCACAGCCAUGCCUCUCCCGGCAAGCAAACUACUAUGGAAAGCAUCAAGCGAGCAAGAAUGGGAGUCUGAGAUAGCCAGAGACGACUUUUAUAAGAAAUUGAGUCUGCAGGAUCUGAUGAAGUUCAAGGGCAAGGGGGAGAGUGACCAGCCCAGCAGGGAGGAAUGGAGCAGAUGGUACUCAGGAACGGACGAGUUGGGAAUACUGGUUGUUAUCUCCGCCAGUUUAUUAUAA